GGCACUGCAGCCACCAAGACCUAUCUGUCUCUGCCAACUGCCACCAUGCUGACUGCCGAGGACAAGAAGGUGAUCCAGCAGAUCUGGCCCAAAGUGCAGGCCCAUGAGGAGGCAUUUGGAACCGAAGCCCUGGAGAGGAUGUUCUCAGCACACCCCCAGACCAAGACCUACUUCCCCCACUUCGACCUGUCCAAAGGCUCUGUCCAGAUCCGUGAUCAUGGCAAGAAGGUGGCAGCUGCCUUGAGCACCGCCGUCAAGAGCAUAGACAACCUCAGCCAGGCCCUGGCUGAGCUCAGCAACCUGCACGCCUACAACCUGCGUGUCGACCCUGUCAACUUCAAGCUUCUGUCGCAGAGCCUGCAGGUCGUGCUGGCUGUGCACCUAGGCAAGGACUACACCCCCGAGGUGCACGCUGCCAUCGACAAGUUCCUAUCGGGCGUGGCCGCUGUGCUGUCUGAGAAGUACAGAUGAGCUGCCACUCGCUCCCGCCGCCCUCAAUAAAGACACCUCUGCCACA